AUGCAACUCCGCCACAUCCUGUUUCUCCUGAGCGCAGCCAUCAGUGUCAAUGCAUCUGCAUACUACAACGACUGCAAAUGCCACGACAAGGCCAAUGGGCUUCAAGAUGAUGCAGCGACUGAGUUUGCUUGCGGCCUAACCACGGGCGCCACCUACUCCGUUGAUCCUCACCAUCAAUGCCAUCUUUCUGGCGAUGGAAUAAAGAAUAGCGCAUGGGAAGAUUCGUGCAACGAGUAUGCCAAGAACCAGAAUAACGGGAAAGUGUAUUUCCAAUGGUGCUGGAACAAACCGGGCAACAUUUCAUGA